AUGUCUUCACUAAAAGACCUUCUGAAGUCUGUUUCACAGGAAGAGCAAUUGCAGAAACAGCUUUUAAUUGUCGGUGGUCAAGAAGUGGGCCAUAUCCAGCUUUUGAAUGCAUUUGGAAUCAGAGACGUCAGUAUCAUACCGUACGGAUUUCAUCUGGCAGAACGCGCAGAUCUUCAACUUUGUUUCCACUCUUUUGCUGGCGAAUAUGGUGCGGUAUAUCAAACAAUAAUUGACAGGCUUCUUGCGAGUUCGCUAGUUGUCUAUAUUCUAGAUGCUCUGGAUCUAUUGAAGGAUGAACCGACACAAGAAACAAUUUUCGAGCGUGUUUCUGGAUCUCUCAAACCAUGGAUUGAUGCCUGCUCUAAGGCCGUCAGCUGUUGUGUAUUAGUCCAGAAUGUGUCUCGUGUUGACUACAAUGUCAAAAGCGUGUCGAACAUGGAUUAUCUACAGCAAUUAGUGCGACUCAUCAUGAUGGAUAAAAAUGGUGCCGUACUGUUCUUUCAGGAAACAGAUACCCCUCAGGACAUUAUCCAGCUAUUGAAAGGCACGGCUGAACUGCGGAUCAAAGAUUAUGACAACGUGUUUGUGCCCAGCGGAAGUGAUAGCUACGGGAAGAUCAAAGUACUUAAUGAAGACUUUGCAUGUGAGGAGACGCUUGAAAAAUGGCAUAGUGUGGAAACAGUCGCCAAAGAAGUGCCUACCAAUGCAACAUCGACCAACUCUGAGAACUUGAGGCAAAAGUAUCAGGACUUUCUAAGACAGAUCCAUUUGGCUGUGUAAAGGUGUGAUUCAGCAUGAAAAAUUAUUAGCCAAUUUUUGUGUGUCAUGGUCGAUGCUGGAGUGAGCAGCGACAUAGGCAACGUAUCGGUUGAGGCAGAUGGACAGAACGCGAUAGGUGAUGUGCUUGAGGAAGGCAUUUCAGUGAAGCCUAUCGUGGAACAUACCAAGAGAAGGCGGUCGUCGCACCAGUCCAUCAAACCGCGUUUCAAAAAAUCCGCACGCAAGACUCCAAUAUUCAAGCUAAAGUUUGAUUCCAAACGCAAAAAUCCAUUGAAAUAUGUCAAUAUCAGAGAGCUUGUUUUGUACGCGCUCACAGACGUGAACAAGUUGAAUUUUGGAGAGCUCGAGAAUAGGAAAUCUAUAAACAAGGUGGUUCUGGUCCUUGCCGAUGGACUCACUGCGGCUGAUUUCGGAUACGAAAGCUUGGCUGGUCUCGUUGAAGAGCAGGAAAUAAAGAAUACAGAGAAGUACCCAUUCAUCUCCCAGGAAUUUACAAAAUUCAUUCCCUUACUUUCUCCUGGAGCCAACAGAAACCUAUUUUCAUGUGCCACCACUCUAUCUUCUUCGACAGUGCCCGAAAAACAUCGUCCGGCUCUGAUCAAAGAGCUUGAACUCAAAGGUGUCCAAUUGUCUGAGUUGACACUCGACUAUACCCAAAUGGUGGCCAAUGGCUACCCUAUUCACCCUGACGUUCCUGGUGCUACCAAGGAAUCUAUAGCGCAAUAUUCUGCAUUUCUUGCCACGAGAGAUCUGAAAUCGAAGCCCAGAAUAUUUGCACUGGAUUGCGAGAUGUGCUUGACUGCCUCCGGGAGCGUGGUCACCAGAGUGGCGCUGACUGAUGAGGAUCACAAGCUAGUAAUCGGAGAUUUUGUCAAACCAGACGAGGAGAUCACAGAUUACAAAACACAGUACUCAGGUGUUGAUGAAAAUAGUCUCAAAGGAGUCACUACCACUUUGCAUGAUAUUCAGCAAAAAUUGCUGGCGACAAUCUCCAGUAAAGACUACUUGGUUGGACAUUCGCUAGAGUCAGAUCUUUGCGCGCUCAGAAUCACACACCCAACAAUUAUCGACACAUCUAUAUGUUAUGAUCACGUUAAAGGCCCGCCUCUCAAACCUUCUUUGCGCCAUCUCGCUUCCGAGAUAUUAGGCAGAAGUAUUCAACAAUCUGCCCACGGUCAUGACCCAAUUGAGGACUGUGUUGCAUGCAUGGAGUUGGUCCAGCUCAAACUUAAAAAGGGCCCUGCAUUUGGCAAACUGAUCACCGAAGAGUCGAUCUUUCGCCGUCUUUCGCAUACAAACAAGCAAGUCCUUAUUGACGGCAAGAAAGUCCCCAAAUCGGGAGUAGCUAUCAAUUUUGGAGGUAAUAAAUUUUUCGACGAACAACGCUUAGACGUCCCCACGGAUGAAGAAGCCGUUCAAAAGCUGGCGGAAAAUCUGUCCAACCAUGACUUGGCAAUGAUCAAGCUUCGCGAGCCGGACAAAUUUGAUCUUAGCAUCAAAUAUAUCUAUGAAACGAUGCCAAGCAAUUCUCUUUUGAUCGUCUGUGCUGGUCACGGCGACAGAAAACGGAUCGACGAAUUAAUCACCUUGCAGAGGAAUAUUUCAGGACCUCUAUCUCCAGAAGAUCAC